AUGUCAGGUGUUUCAGCUCAAGUAGCCGGAACAGCCCGGCCAUGGCAGCUCCACGAACAAACCCAUCCGCAUCAAGAACAACUACAACUACAAGGACAGCUUGUCGGUGCCAGCAUUAGCAGUAAAACUGGCGGCGGUAUGGGUGCAGGUGGCCGCGAUGGCGGUGAAGGCAUUCGUGGUGACGGUGCCAGCAACAGCAUCAGUAGCAGUUAUCUGAACAACCCCGCAGCGGUUCCCUUUGGACGAGCAGCUCGUCAGCAGCUGUUCAUGCUGGAGCCCGGUGUCACGUAUCUCAACCACGGCAGCUACAGUGCAGCUUUCAGGUCAACAUACUGUACUGCCGUACUUGCUGGCGUACAGUCGUACUUCGCAUUGUGA